AUGUCAACCCAGCUUGCAAGAGGACUGUUUUUUCUAUCACUAUUUGCAGGUCGCACCAAAGGUGCUUGUUCAUUAAUGAUUUAUAAUCAUACUCUCAAACUUGCUCAAAGCUCUAUUAAUUCAGGAUUAGCAGCUGGCAAGCUGCUAAAUAAUGUUGGAUCAGAUCUGGAGCUUUUAGAAAGUCUAGCAGUUUUUGGGUUUUUAUCAACAGGCCCUUUAUUUAUAAUAGGAUCAAUAAUUUUGAUAUAUUUUUUAUUAGGAAUUGCAGGAAUAUUUGGAAUUCUUGUAUCACUUCUGUAUAUACCAUUGAAUUUCUGGGUAGGAGCUUUUGUGACGAAAUAUAGAAUGACAAUCGGCAAGUUCUCAGAUUCAAGAAUAAAGCUGAUCUCAAAUCUGAUUGAAGGGAUCAGAGUAAUUAAACUUUAUGGCUGAGAAUUCCCUUUUAUUGAUAUCACUAAAGGAUACAGAGCUAAAGAAAUCCAACAGUAUAGGAUUAAAGCACGAUUUCAGACUUUAACUAAAAGCAGCACAGUUUGUGGCCAAGGACUUGUGCUAUUAGUCACUUUUUCUGUUCAUGUUGCGCUUGGUAAUGAUAUUCAUCUGAGCAGUGCUUUUGCUGCCAUUAGUUUACUGCUGGUGACUCAUAAUAUAAUUACUCAAAAUUUGUCUCUUGCGAUUGAAUAUAUUUAUUUACUACUAGCAGUCUGCCGCAGACUAACUCAAUCACUAAAGCUAAAAACCAUAAACACCCAAAUUUAUCCAGCCCCUGAAAAUUUAGCCAUAAAAUUCGAAGAUGCUUCAUUUUCUUGGCAAGACAACCCAAUCCCUAUACCGCUAGAAACUCAGAGCUGCUUACUGGAAACUGAUACAAGCUCUGUUCUGAGAAAUAUCACCAUAGGCAUUAAUUAUGGAGAACUUGUUAUUGUUGCUGGAAAAGUGGGAGCCAGUAAAACCUCUUUUCUUAUGAGCAUUUUAAAUGAGCUUAACAAGACUAACGGAUUUAUAGGGAUCAAUGGAACUCUUGCAUAUACAGACCAAGAAUCUUGGGUAAUUUCAGAAACAAUAAAAGAAAAUAUAUUAAUGGGAAAAGAUUAUGAUGAAGAACUGUAUAAUUCUGUGCUAAAAUCAUGUUGCCUUGAUGAAGAUAUUAAGACUUUUAAACAUGGGAGUGAAACUAUGGUCGGAGAAAAAGGAGUUACGCUAAGCGGAGGACAAACAGCAAGAAUUACAUUGGCAAGAGCUGUGUAUUCUCAAAGAGAUGUUUAUUUGCUUGACGAUCCGCUCUCAGCUGUAGAUAGUGAAGUUUCGCAAAAAUUAUUUAAAAAUUGUAUAAAAGGAAUUUUGGAAGGAAAAACAAGGAUAUUGGUGACUCACCAAAUUUAUGUGCUUCCUGAGGCUGAUAAAAUACUUAUACUUGAUGAAGGUAAUGUAUAGAAAAUUCCUAUGAAUUGUCCCUUGAGAUUUAAAUCAAAAAUUUUUAUAAGUAUAAGCAUGUAGUUUAAAGGUAAAAGUGUAUUAUUUUAUGGGACAUAUAGUGAACUUCUCACAAGAGAAGACAUGAAAGAAGCCUAUGGAGAACUUUUUGAAUCAAAAAAGAAAAAAAGUAAGCCUCAGGAGUCUGAUUCUGAAGAAGAAAAUACUGGCUCCCCCCCUCCGUGAGUGAACAAAAACAUUUUGUUUACUCACAGGGGGGUUAAAUAUUUUUUUUAAAAAAUUUAUAUAGUCAACUAGGUUGACUGGAACGGGUCCUUUUUUUGCUCGGCAAAAGUGAAACACGUGUCACAUCAGAGCUUCAUAAAUUUAAGAACCAAUAUCCAAUCUUGACUGUGCUGCAUUAAGAUGCCAUUAAUUUAUUAAAAAAAUCUAAGUCAUUACAAGCUGAUUCAUUACAAGACAUGCCGCAACAGACUGGGGCAGCACAGGACACCCUUGAACUAACGCCACCAUCGCAGGUGAUGUCGUUACAGGAAAUGCUGCACCAUGGAGUAUCAACGUAAGAUGAUCAGGCACAGCAUGUACUGCAAGAUGAGCAAUGAUGAGCCAUGCCACCACAGGUGACGUUGGAUCACUCUAGACCAUGAACUAUGCAUACACAGUCCACAACACUAUACACAGCACCAGAUCAAGCAAUGUCACUGCAUGUGAUGGCAGAACAAACUGAAAAGCAGAUUCAGUCUGCUAUACUAGAUCCUCCAAUACAGGACACAUCAUUACAGGUUGUAAAAGUGCAAGCUAGCCAACUUCAGAAUAAGCUUCAAGUAUGCAAGAAGUUUGAACUUUUUUCCCUUUUAAAAUAAAUUAAUUGCAAGUUUUAAAGAUAACUUCAAUUUUAGCAGUAAAGUAUUGCAAAAUAUGAGCUGAAGCUAUUAUAAUAAGAAUUUUGAACAGCACGCCAACUUAUCUAUUUCAUAAAUAAAUUUCACUGAAUUUGUCAAAAAUUCCCAUUUAUACCGGCAAACCGAAAUUCAUCAAAAUAACCAUUUUUUGACCAGAAUUUUUUAGAUGAUUUCUGUUCAUUUAAAAAUGGCCUUGCCAAAAUAAUUUGGCUAACCCCAAAAUGAGCAUGGAACAAGAAGAAAUACAAAAAUCAUUUGAUUCUGAAAAAUGGUUUGCUUCCUCUUUUUUUUUGUUUUGACCAUUUUUUUUUUAGCAAGUACAAAUGAAAUGGUUUAUAAAAUUUUUUAAUGUCUAAUGUAAAUUAAUUUUUUCUGAUGCAUGGCCAGUCGCUAUUGUUGUCUAGCAAGUAUCUAAAAAUUUACUAUUAAAGCAAAUUUUAUUUUGCAAUAAAGAUGAAGGUUUGUGUCAUGAUGAUGUGUCAUGUGUGUUACAUCGUGCUUCAAACAAAUAAAUUUCGAUCUGAAUCAAGUCUCAUGGUUCUCGAAAUUUCACCUUCUAAUGUUAACUGAAAGAAUUUUAAUCUAUGAUAAAAUAUAUCAUAUGGAAUUUUCUGAUCAGUCUCCUCUGAUGCUGCCUUUUACAGGGGAAACACCAAUGGUUAGAAGAAUUCAAAUUUGGCCUUUAGAGACAAUAACUUAUAUUAAAUAUUUAUGAUGGCUUUAAGUAUGAUAGAUAAUAAAUGAUUUAAUAAGUUUAUAUGCUGAAUUAUCGAUAGAAAUUAUAGUUGAGCACAAAAGGUAAAGAAUGUGUCAAGCUCUCAAGACCGUCAUAGUGAAGUUUGACUGCAAUUAUUGAUACACUUGUAGCUGAGUCGAAGGUUGCGUUUGCAUCUUUGCAGGUGCACACUCCACCGCUCAAUGUCAUAUGACUUGCAUCUAAGCAUUCAGUACAAGUAGAAGCUGUUUAUCAUACAGAUUUUUUUAAUAAAUUAAUGGCAUCUUAAUGCAGCACAGUCAAGAUUGGAUAUUGGUUCUUAAAUUAUGAAGCUCUGAUGUGGCACGUGUUUCACUUUUGCCGAGCAAAAAAGGACCCGUUCCAGUCAACCUAGUUGACUAUAUUAAAUUUUAUAAAACAUUUUUUUUUCGAAAGUUAAAAAAAUCCUAAUUUCGCAGGAAAGCAAAUAUUAAUUAAUUUAUAAAAUUUUAUGUUUUAAAAAGCAAUUCGUUUAAAAUUAAACAGAAUUCGCUCUAGAUUUCAUUACACUAAUUAUCAUUUAUAUAUCAAAAUUUUUUUCCAUAAAAAAUUUUUCUAUUAAAAAAAUUUUUGAUCACACAAGAGGGGGGGCAAAAAAUGGCGAUUUUUCUAAUGGUUUUGUUCACUCACGGAGGGGGGAGUGAGAAGAAAGAAACAAAGGAUACUCAAACUAUUCAGGAAGAAGAAAAAGCUGAAGGAUCAGUACCAAUUUCAUUUUACUGGAAGUAUUUGCAGACUGGGUUCAGAAAUUCUUCAGCCUUAUUCUUUAUUUUCUCACAUAAUUAAAAUUGAGGUGCUAUAGUAAAGGGUAGUUCCUUUACUUUGAGCUCAUUAAAGGGGAACUUCGGUUCUUCUGAGAGUUUACCUAUAGAGACGCUAUCUACUGGCACUAGGCAGUGAAGAAGAGUGCUCUUUGAAUUUGGGGUCGAAUGAAAUUCUAACAGUCAAGUAGUCACCGAUCUGUUGAUCAAAGUGGAAGUCUUAUCUCACGUAAAAGGCUUCAGAAAACAGAAGACAAAUUAUUAAAGAGUUAUCUUACUUACUAGCUUUCUUUUCUUACUGAGUUUUGCAGCGAUACAAGUAAUUUUGCUAAUCAUUACUUAUUGAAUCGCAUAUUGAUCUAACCAGAAUGACCAAUCAAGCUGCUUUUAUCCAGUAAUAAUGGCAAUAAUGGUGGUAGUUUUCUAUUUUUUUGGUGUUGGCAGAAUUUUUGUGUUAUAUGAAUGUAUAUAUAAUUCUAACGAAAUCUACCACAAUAAUUCAUUGAAGACUUUACUACAGACAAAUUCUCAUUAUUUCGAUUCAAAUCCAUCUGGGAGGAUAAUCAACAGGUUUUCGAAAGACAUAGCAGUUAUGGAUGAGCCUCAAACUUUCUAUUUCCCGUAUGUAUUUCAAUACUCUUGUGUUAUCUUUGCCAAUCUUAUAGUUAUCAUGAUUGUAAACCCUGUAAACAUAGCUUUUGUUUUCGUUUUAGCAAUUCUGUUGAUAUUUUUAUUCAAAAAAGUAGUACCAUCUGCAAGAAACUUUAAAAGGCUUGAACUAAUUAGCAGAAGUCCUGUUUUUAAUUUUUUUACCAAUGCAAUUAGUGGGCUUGCAAGCAUCAGGGCAUAUGAUUUGCAGAAACAUUUGAGAAGCCAACUUAGCAAAGCUAUUGACACAAAUAUAAGAGCUCUUUUUCAAUUCCAAACUCAUGUAAGAUUUUUCCAGCUAUAUUCUGAUAUUGUCUCCUCAUUCAUGCUCUCUAUGAAUGCACUAGUCAUCGUUUUGCUGAGAGGAUGGGUUAGUUCAGAAGGGGCUGCGGUCAGUUUAGCGUUGAAUAUUAGUUUGCUAACUGUUAUAACUGUCCUUUGCAGAAUGAUCGUUGACCUUGAUAAUUAUAUGGCAAGCACUCAAAGAGUUUAUGAAUACGAUUUAUUACCAGCUGAAGGAGCCUAUGAAUCAGAUAAUGCAUUUGUAAUUAGUAGAGGGAAAAUGGAGUUUAAAAAUGUUGUAAUGAAGUAUAGAGAAUUUUUGGAGCCGUCUUUAAGAGAUGUAAGCUUCAUAAUCCCCCCUUCAUCAAAAGUUGGAAUAGUUGGAAGGACAGGAGCAGGAAAAUCUUCUUUAAUGCAAGCAAUAUUCAGACUUACUCCCCCUUUUAAAUUGGAAUAAGACAUGUGCGGAAUUUCUAUUUUUUUGAAUAAUUUAAUCCCUCUUUAAAUUGGAACAAUUUUUUUUUAAUAGGAAAGUUUUAUACUAAAUUUUUUUAUAAAAUGAGUUUUAACCUAUUUAACAGAAAAAAAAUCAAGUAGAAUAUUAUUUAAAUAGAAUUCACGUAAAUUUUUGAUAUAAUUCUCCAUAAAAAUUAAUUAAAAUUCAAAAAUAUAGAUUUUAUUUUAUUUUUUUUAUAAUGAACAUUUAAUAUAAUUUUUUUUUUUAAAAAAAAAAUUAACUCCCUUUUAAAUUUGAAGAGGAUUUUUUGUUACAAUUUAAGGGGGAUGAGUCAGCAAUUUGUAUUCUGGAGAAAUUUUAAUUGAUGACCAAAAUAUUGCUUAUACUGGUCUACAUCAGCUUCGCAAACAAAUUUCGGUUAUCCCUCAAUCCCCAUUUUUAUUCUCCGCCACAAUUAGAGAUAAUUUAGAUCCUUUGCAUAAUCAUUCUGAUGAAGAAGUUUUUGAUGCUUUGACCCAAGUUAAUCUUCAAGGAAUUCUGGCAAAUUUGCCAAAUGGUUUAUAUACAGAGCUGAAAACAGCCAAUUUUACUUUAUCAGUUGGGCAAAAGCAGCUGUUAUGUAUGGCAAGGGCAAUUAUUAGAAAUAAUAAAGUUAUUAUGAUGGAUGAAGCUACCGCAAAUGUAGAUCCUGAUACCGAUCAAUUUAUACAGAGUACUAUAAGAGAAAAAUUCAUUGACUGCACACUGCUAAUCGUAGCUCAUAGGCUGAGGACAGUAAUUGAUUCAGAUUUAAUUAUAUUGAUGGAUAAUGGUAGGGUAGGAGAGUUUGGAAAUCCAGCAGAGCUGGCAGAAGACGAAAGCUCAAAGUUUAGAAAAAUGAUCAAUUGCACUGGAAAAAAUGAGGCUGAAUACCUGUUAAGUAAAAUUAAAUAA